GCGUUGCCCCAGCACCAGGGCUCGCGGGGGUCCCGGGAGGGUCUCGGCAGCCGUGCGCCCCGAGACCCCCGCCGCGGCCCGAUUCUCUGAGGGCCAGGCAUGAACCGCAAGAAGCUGCAGAAGCUGACAGACACCUUAGCUAAAAAUUGCAAGCAUUUUAAUAAAUUUGAAGUGAACUGUCUUAUAAAGCUUUUUUAUAGCUUGGUGGGAGCAGUAGAGAGGCAAGGUCUGGUUAUUGGACUGGAUCGUAAUGCAUUUCGAAACUUCCUGCAUGUGACAUUUGGAAUGACAGAUGACAUGAUUAUGGACAGAGUAUUCCGAGGUUUUGAUAAAGAUAAUGAUGGCUGUGUAAAUGUAUUGGAGUGGAUUCAUGGAUUAUCACUGUUUCUUCGAGGAUCUUUGGAAGAAAAAAUGAAAUAUUGUUUUGAAGUGUUUGAUUUGAAUGGUGAUGGAUUCAUUUCAAAGGAGGAAAUGUUUCACAUGUUGAAGAACAGCCUUCUCAAACAGCCAUCUGAGGAAGACUCUGAUGAAAGAAUUAAAGAUUUGGUUGAAAUGACACUUAAGAAAAUGGAUCAUGACCAUGAUGGGAAACUGUCUUUUGCAGACUAUGAACUGGCUGUGAGAGAAGAGACUCUUCUACUGGAGGCCUUUGGGCCAUGUCUUCCUGAUCUAAAGAGCCAGAUGGAAUUUGAAGCUCAAGUAUUCAAAGAUCCAAAUGAAUUCAAUGAUAUGUGAAUACCUAAAUGUCUAUAUUGUCUCAAGGUGAAGAUGAGGUUCACUUACGUAUAUCAUUUGACAUCAGUGUAAGGUGCAAUUAAAAUAGAUGGAAGACAAGAAGUCCCUUAUUAGAUGAUGGGUUUGGCAAGACAGUUAACUUUUCUAGAGAUAUUUUAUCACAUAGACUAUCUGUCGAAGCACAUAACUGGCAUAAAACCUUUGGAUGCAUUAAAUGAAUGGAAAGAUUAUGUAAUUAUGAAUUGUUAAUACAAAUAUUCUGUGUCAGAAAGAAGCUGGGUGUACACUGAAAAAUCAUUGAAACGACUGGAUUUCCUUUGAAACAAUAAAUAAUGAAGAUAGCAUCAAAAGAAUAGAGCAUUCUCUUAUUGAGCAUUGAAAUGCCUUUCUGGUGGGCAUUGAGGGAGAUCCAGAGAGAUGAAAGACACAAAGAAAUCAUAUUAUAUUGAAAUAUAAUACGAUUUGCAUUAUUGUUUGAGGCUUUGGCUAAAUAACCUUACUGAUUGUAAGUGCCUGAAGGCAAGGGUUUUAUCCACACACAUCUUUGUCUGCCAUAGCAGUUAGUCCUCUGCAUACAAAGGGCAGUCCAUAAUUACUGUAGAUUAGAAAACCAAGAAGUACCACAAGAUAAAUGCAAACUCUUGGUGAGCAGAGGGAGAACAUGUACUGAGUUUCUUAGGUUUCAUGGCUAAUGCAUUGGCACAGCUUUCAGUUAUCCCUGCAGUCCUUCCAGACAGUCCCUGCCCCGUGCAUUGCAGUUGGUUGCCAAAGCCCCACUCUGUCCUGGCACCCAGUAUUCCUCCAUCCUGACUCCACGUAUUGCCCCCUUGCCACUGCCUGAGUGCACCGUAGUGUCCCCAUCCCCCCACUGCCUGGAAUUCCCCUUGUGUUCCCCUUUAUCAGGGCACAUCCUAACUGUACCCUGCUGGCCGUGACCUCCUGAAGACAGACCUGGCUUCUCCCUGCAUCCGGCUCCCCCGCACGUGCUGUGGGCAUCCUGAGAAGCCUGAGAAAGAGAGGGCCAGGUUAGGCUUGUGUGAGCUGCUUUUUGCCUUCUUGGUACACACAGUAAGCAGUGGAGAGGGGUGUCACACCGUAUCUGUUCUAUCCUCAUCUAAAUACUGAAAGGCUAGGUGGGAUAGGAAAUCUUUCUUACUACAUAUGCAUUAAGUUAAAGUAAAAGAGAAUAUUGUGUGAAAAAAUGCACUGUUACUAAUAAAUGGAAUAAACAGAUCCAGGAAAUAAAAGAAAACAUA